GCAGCUACCAUCCUCCCCUCGGUACUUUGUGAGGAGGGGCAGGGAGUGCCUGGCUGCUCCUGCCCCCUUCCCUGUGUUACAGAGCUCUGAGCUCUCUGCUCUUGCUGCGGGCUUCUUCAAGAGCAUGUGUGAGCGUUCACCCUCCUCUCGGAGAGAGGGCCCCUCCUCUUGCAGCGCUGACGGUACAAUGAUAUAGUAGUAAUGAUGGGUGUUCGAGCUCGCAUUUGAACUUGCAGGCAGGCUGUCUUGCUCCUUCUUUUGCUCGAACUCAGUACAGACUCAGCAGCUUGGGAUCAGGUGCUCACCAGUGGGGAGUGCUGGAGACCCCGGAAUCAGCAUCUCCCUCCAGCACUAACCAAGGGAUUUUACUCUUUCAUGCGGCCACUGGGAAUUCUGGACUAGCCCCAGCACCACGUUGUGAUUUUUUGCAGGCUCUGCAGUAAACUACCUUUGAAGGUCAAGAUGUUAUUAAAUAUAAAAAGUGUCUUAUGGAUGUGCUCUACCUUAGUUGUAACAUAUGCACUGCAUAAAGUUAAAGUGGAAAAAAGCCCUCCUGUAAAGGGUUCCCUUUCUGGAAGAGCAACUCUACCUUGCUUCUUUUCAACCUUGCCUACUCUACCCCCCAGCUACAACAAUACAAGUGAAUUUCUUCGAAUCAAAUGGUCAAAGAUUGAACAAGAUAAAAGUGGAAAAGAUGUGAAAGAAACCACUGUUCUGGUAGCCCAAAAUGGGAACAUCAAAAUAGGGCAAGGCUACAAAGGCAGAGUGUCCGUUCCAACCCACCCAGAGGAUAUUGGAGAUGCUUCACUGACUAUGGUUAAACUACGUGCAAGCGAUGCUGGUGUGUACCGCUGUGAUGUCAUGUAUGGAAUUGAAGAUACUCAAGAUAUCAUCUCAUUGGCUGUUGAUGGUGUCGUAUUUCACUAUCGUGCUGCAAGCAGUCGGUACACCCUGAAUUUUCAGCAUGCUCAGAAGGCUUGUCUGGACAAUGGUGCUGUCAUAGCAAACCCUGAUCAGCUGAAAGCUGCAUAUGAAGAUGGAUUUGAGCAAUGCGAUGCUGGCUGGUUGUCUGACCAAACUGUCAGGUAUCCAAUCAGGCAACCCAGAGUUGGCUGCUAUGGAGAUAAAAUGGGAAAGGAAGGAGUCAGAACAUAUGGAUUCCGUCUUCCCAAUGAAACUUAUGAUGUAUACUGCUAUGUGGAUCACCUGGAAGGCGAUGUGUUCCACGUGACACAACCCAACAAGCUGACCUUUGAAGAAGCUAAGAAGCAGUGUGAGAAAAGGGAUGCAGUUCUUGCUACAGUUGGGGACCUGCAUGCUGCCUGGAGGAAUGGCUUUGACCAAUGUGACUACGGCUGGCUGGCUGAUGGCAGCGUGCGUUACCCUGUGUCUGUGGCUAGAAUCCAGUGUGGAGGAGGUUCCUACUGCUUUCAACGUAAACAAAAUGUAUCAGAGUCUGCAUCUGUUGAGCUGGACAUUCCUAUGGAAAGUGGUCCAGCCAGUCUCUUAAAAGAACUAAAAGUAACCCCUGGCAAAGCUACUUUUAAAACUGAUAUUGCUGAUAGUUCAGUCACCGAAUCAGUUGUCACAAAAACAAAGACCCCAGUUUCAGCAAAAGUAAUCCUGGGAAGCAAAAAGGAAGACGCAAUACUAACUAGCAGAGUGGGCGAGAAGAAAAGAGAAGAGACGAUGCCUAAGGAGUACAUUAAGUUAAUCGAUAGUCUACCUCAGACAGUCACAGAUGGCAAAGUGGAUCCUUCUGUGUCAUUGGAAAUGGCUACACCUGAUGCUGCACCUAGACGAGCAGUGAGCACACCUAUACAAGAAGAGAUGGAGCACACUUAUUCUGCAGCAGAAUUAUCUGAAGAUAUGUCUAAAAUUAGAGAGGACGUUUAUUUGUCCUCAAUAAUUUCAGAGCAUAGAGCAGCUACAGAUGUGGCCCCCACAUUGCUUCCAAUCACAGUUUCAUGGGAAGAUGCUGAAAUUGAAGCUAUGCACACAGUUGAAAGUCAGACCGAACAAAUAGAGGUGGGCCCAAUAAGAACAUAUGGAAAUACCUCAGUGCAAACCCCUGUGAGAGAGCUUCCUGAAACAGAUACUUCAGUUACACUAACAAAAGAGGAAAUGUAUCUUAGUGCUCACCCCACAAGAGAAUCAAUGGAAGCAAAAACUGAUAAGAAACUUACCACUGUUGUAAUUCCCAAAGAUCUGCAUAUAGAUCAUCAUGAACCUACCGCACAGGAUGAGGAGGGGGAGGAUGGCAAAGCAAGUGCAUACACUGUUAUGCCUGACCACAGAACUUUGACUUCUAGCAGAAUCCCAGAAUUAGAAGUAAUUACUGUAUCACAGACAUUCUUAGAAGAGCAUGCUGUAACUACUAGGGCAUCUUCUCUAGCAAGUGAGUCCCCUCCAGCAAUUAGAGUUAUAGAAGAACCUAUUUUAUUUGAUAAUAAUGAGGCAUCAGCUGAAAGAAGCAUAGAGGAUUUGACCGUUGUGCAGACUACCAAUGCACUUGAAGUUUCCUUUUCGGUACCUAUGUCUGCAUCUGUAUCAGAAGUUAAUCAGACAGAAGCUGAUGCCAUCACUGUCUCACAAGUUGCCACCUCACCACAAGGAGUAGUAAAGAGAACACAGACUGAUAAGCUCUCAUUUCUAAAACCAGACUCUGAUAAGGCUAAAACAGAUCCCAAGGGAUAUGUUGCAAGUGAAAAAUUCACACUUCCCUCCCAAGUUUCAAGCACUCCACUAACUACUGAUAAAGAUCAGGAAAAUGUGACAGAAGAUUUGGUUCAUUAUAUAAAAACAUAUGGAACUUUACGAAGAGGAGAUGGUAUCUCUGGAAUGGAGUUUUCUACAGCUUCUCCAGCUCAAAUUUAUAUCGUAGAACAUACAAAGCACCCCGAAGCAGUAGUUUCAACAGCAAAAGAUAAAACUAAGAUAAGUCUGGAGCCAACAGAAACAAAAAUUGAUGAAGAACUUACAGCUGUAUCAGCUGAUUUAGAUCAGAGUAAAGAUAUCACAAGUAUCUACCCCACUGGCAGAGCUAUAGAACUGGAAGUAAUCACAGUAUCAAAAAUAUCGCUGGAGGAAAGUGAUGCAACAAUAAAGCCCUUUAUGCCAGCAGUGCCAGCAUCAAAAGCUACAAAAUUACCAACAGCCAGGCCUCCAUUCACGGAAGUGAGUGACAAAGUACAACCAACAAUAGGAUUUACAGAAGAUGAAGAUUUUGUUUCAAGGUAUCAUGAAACUAUGAGAACAUUUGCUCCUGCCCCAGAUGUGAAACCAGCAGAGGCCACUGAGAAACUAAGAGCACCAUUUACUGAAGAUGUUACAUUUACAGAUAAAGAGGUUUCAAAAUAUGCAGUCACAGAGGGUGACCAUAUAAGUACAGGAACAAUCGUUAAAGAAGAAUCAUCUACAAUGACAUCCACUACCAUCAAAACCCAGGAAGAAAAGGUUGCACCUAGUGCAGGAACAGGAGGGCAACAAGUUGAUUGCCUUGAGGAAGGAAGUGCUAUUGAGCAGACCCAAGAUGUAGGAAUCACCGGAAUGAUCACUACUAUUCAUCCACAUGUGGAAACUCAAGAUAUAAAAGGAAUCAUAUUUCAAAAGGAACACUCUACCAAAGAUGAAACUAUGGUACAAAUAGUUACUGCCACGGAGUCCACAGGAUCCAUUUCUAAAAUGGAUGUGAUAUCUACUCAAGUACAUGUGGAAACAGAUGAUCAGGAGGUAGUAUCCAAAUCUGAAUCUGCUCUGACAACUCUUUCUGAAAGUAAAGAUGUGGUCCAAAUUACUGAAGGAACAGUGGAAGAAAAACCAUACGGAAUUACUAGAGAGCAAUUGGUUACUGACACUGAUUCUACUGCAACUACUUCUAAGGUGCCUGUGACAUUUGUUCAAAUAUAUGAACAGAAGACAACUACUGGACCUGAACUAACUCACACAGCUAUUACUGAAAGGCAUGAUAUGGGCAUAGUUACUGAAGGAUCAGCGUAUAAUGAAAAACAUAAAACUACAGAAGUUUUUGUGCCUGAUGUAAAGAUAAUGGAUUAUGAAAAAAUUCUAGCAUCUGGUGAAACAACAACUAGGACCAUGCAGCUUGUUCUGUCUCCAAAAGUUGAUGCUGUUACUGAACACAAAGUAAAGACCACUGAAGUUAUGCCAGGAUCACCAAGCACUGAAACUGAUGAAGAUGAAAGUGGAGUACCACACGUCAAGCAAGAAAAUGAAACCAAAGAAAGCAGUGUGGUGAGUUGGGAAACUGAGUUGCCUUCACAUAUAAUGCCUACAGGUCCUACUGCACUGGAAGGUAUUACUCAUCAGAUUGAGAAAUCUACUUCUGAGGAAAAGGUGGAAAAUUUGACAACCCAUAGUCUGGAAGGUUCAGGAAUAUUGGAGGAACCUGAAGGAACAAAACCAAUUUUAUUUUCAGCUUUUGCAACAGAUAAAACAACCGCUCUAAGUGCAGUAGACAAAAUCCAACCAACUUCAACUACCAAAUCCUUUGUUACUAAAAAGCCACCACGUAUAAUUGACAGGGAAGAUGAGGAGGAAACAAGCAUAGGUGUAGUAAUAAUUGAUGAAUCUAUUUCUCCCAGUAAAGCCACUACUGAUGAUGAUCUGACAGGCAAAACAGUGGAACCAGAAAUUGACAAAGAAUAUUUUACAUCAUCAAGUGCCACUGCAGUUGCACGACCUACCAGACCACCCAAAGUUGAAGAAACUACAGAGGCUUUGGAACCUCAGGAAGUGUCUCCCUCUAUUUCAGAUCUCGAAACAGACAUGGAAAAGAAACCUGACAUUAGAUUAUUUGUCUUUGCCAUUACAGGCAAUGAUACAGAGCCAUUGAAUGGAUUAUUGGAUCUAUUUGAUCAUGAGGUACAUCCACACGAAAUUGACGAACCCCCCAUAGAUGCAGACUCAUCACAGGCUGAACCUUGUACCUCAGUCCCUGAUCAAGAGUCUUCUGAGUACCUAAUAAUGGAACCUUUAUUUCCCAUUUUUGAACUGGAAGAGGAAGAAGAGGAAGAUGAAGACUGUGAAAAUUCUACCGAUGUUACAACUCCUCCAGCAUUGCAGUUCAUCAAUGGAAAGCAACAGGUGACCAGCGCACCUAAAGACACAAAAGCUGAAGAAGCAAGAAGUGACCAAAUUGAAAGUGUUACUCAUUCAAAAAAUGUCACAUUUUCACACAUCAAUGAAACUAACACCCUAAUACCUGAAACUGAGGCCUCUGGUACAAUACAGCCAGGUGUAUCUAGAGAAAUAAUAGGGGCAUUUGAAGUUACACAACAACCUACAGUAGAUGUUGCAAUGUUGGAGCCUGUUUUAAGUAGUGAUUUGGAAGUUGCCACUACAGAUAAAUCUGAGGUAACAUCUAUAUAUGGGCAACCUUCAUUAGAACACUCAGAGACCUUAAAACAUCAUGGAACUGAAUUUCAGCAAAGCUCAACUGAAGACUCCAAAAUCUUGCCUUUGAUUACUAUGGAAUCUUCUGGAGAUGCUGCCAUUGUCUCUGAGUUCUCAGGUGCUGUUGUUUCAGAAACUAUUAAAAUGACAAUCAAAGAACAUGCUAUAAAAAGUUCAGCAGCAACUUCUGCUCCAAGUCCUGAGUUUGAUACUGCUACUGCAGAAAUAGGCACAAAAGACCAUAUGCCAGAAAAGAAAAUCUCUGUUCUAAGAGAUGAUUAUAAAUCAACUGUUAAGCCUGUUAGACUUUCCCCAUUGAAAACCUUUGUAGAAACAACAACAAGAAGUCAUAUACUGAAGUCUGUAGCAAGUCCUACUUCAUUUAUAAUGCCAGAAGGCUCUGGAGAUGUAGCAGAGGAGGCUGUUGCUAAAACUUCAGCUAUGGUUACAGAGACUGUAGUUCCUGAAAAGAUUUCAGUACAAGAAACUUUCUUAGGAUCUGGCAAACUUCUGACAACAGAAAUUACUGCCACUGUUUCAGGACCCUCCAUUUCUUUGCAUAAAGAAACUAGCACUACAUCUUUCGGUUUUGACCAAAGUUCUGAAAAAACUGCUACCACCGCAUCUGUUACUGGGUUAAUUACCGAAAAAGGAGUUAGCAGUGCUCCUGAAACAGAAACGAAAAUGAAAGAAGAUGAAAAAGAAGCACAGAGCACUGUUCCUUUAACUAAGGAACGUUCAUCUACUGUUGAGAUAGGAAAGUCAGUAUUCAGUGAUGCACAGGAAAGUUCUGGUUACCAUAUUGAAACUGUAGGUGAGGAAUUCACUACUCUCAGCAAAAUAAUACUAAUGACAGAUGCCACGUGGCCUGAAAGCAAAGUGAUUACCGCUGCUCCUUUUUCCACAGAGAAAAGCCUUUUUAUAGAUGAGGGAUCUGGAGAAGAACUAACACACAUUAGGAAAACCACUGGAGACAUAAUUUCAGGGGGUGUCACAACAAAUGUGGUAAGUACCAAUCCCCCAUUUAUUGAGCCAGGCUCUGGAGAAAUUGCCUCACCUGCCAUUACUGAAGUUCUAUUGGGGUCUGUGACUGGGAACAUUGAAACACAAACAAAAAAGCAAGAAAGAGAGGGCUACAGCACAGAUGCUUCAUUUGUGGAAUAUACAGCAACUGUUGAAACAAUUAAGUCAGGGUUAAGUACUGAAUCAGAUUACUCAGCUAAGGAAGCUGGAACUGGAAGGCAGGAAUCCAAAGACUCUCUUAGUGCAGGUAAACCAGGGGAACAAAAACAUGAAACAGAAGCUCGUUAUAUGAUUACAACUCUUCCUUCUCAAGAACAGUCUUUUCCUCAGUCUAGAAAAGAGAUGGCAACUCGUGUUGCAACAGAAGAACAAACUAAAUACUUAGAAAGGCCUUGGGCCACAUCUUCUGUGGAGACUGUAGUUGAAAUCACUUCUCCUGAUACCAUUGUGACACAUGCUAUCAGCAGCAUAAAGGCUGUAACUGAAUCUACAGAAAGUGAAAGGGGAAAAGGCAGCUCUCCAAUAAUCUCAGCAGAGACAAAUAUUCUUAUGGAGGUAGGUUCUGGAGAAGAAUCAAGUGAUGAGAGUGGAACCAUAGUACCAGUGGCACAUAGUUCCACCAAAAAAGUACUUGGUACUACUUUCCCAUUAAUUGAUCAGGGUUCUGGAGAAGUGGAUUCUAUCAUUGAGUCUUUCACAGAAACUACAGCUUCACCACAUUUAGCAGUUAGAAGACCAGAAACCCAAACAACAAAAGAUGAAAGAGAAAUUAUCAGUGCACCCUCUGUAGAUGGUUCUUUGGCUGUUGGGUCUUCAAAUAUAGACAUAAGUACCAAAAGUGAAGUCACCACUGUUAGAACAGGAACUCCAAAAAAAGUCAUUACUGAGGUAAAAGUGGAAGAGCAAAUUCCUACAGAAUUAGUAACUAGAACUUUUGGUAUAAAUCUUCCUUUGGAAGAAGAGAUACAUUCUGAGCAAACAAUGUCCACAGAAACUACACAAAAAGCAGAAGAUCCUUCUGGAAUAACAACAAAAGAUCCUAUCAUUAAAAGUACAGAAUCUACCUUAGAAAAAAUUGAAAUUUCAGUUGUUUCCACAGUUAGUCCAUUUUCAGAAGAAAAGAAACUGGAGAUAAUUCCUGGCACUGAAUAUAUUGAAAAAAUAAUUCCAUUUAAUGAUACUACCCUAGUAACUGAGUUCAUAAAACUUGAAAGCAAAGAUAUAAACACUACCACUACACUUACAAAGAAAGAAAAAGAUUUGGUACAUAAUAUUUCCCCUACAGAAGACAUUCAUAGGUCACAUUUGACCCCAAAGGAUGACAAGCCAACCGAUAAAGAGAUAAGUAGUGACUCAUUGUUUUCAGGACAAGGAUCAGGAGAUGAAUUUAUUAGUGUUCCAUCAAUGGUGCCACUGACUGUUGUGACUAUAAAAGAAAUCUUUACUUUAAGUCCUGAAACAUUUCAUCCUGAAAACAUGGGACCAAAACUUGCCUCUGACACAGAAUUUGCAAGUGGUCAGACUGAAUCAAACAAGAAUUCUAAUGAAGAAUUCAGACUAUUCAGUUCUGUAACGGAGGCAGUUUCAGACACAACAGAAAAAAUGUUCACUAUGACUUCUGCUUCAGUUGAAGAGAGUUCUAGGGACUUCAGUAUUAAAGAAGCUACCAAAAAAGAGACAUUCCAUUCUUUUUUCAUCACUGAAGACUCUCACAAACAAGAAUUUUUUCAUUGGGUAAAAGAAAAGGAAACAUAUGGAGCACCAGCUACUACCGAUCGAGUUGUUACGCAAGAGGAAACUUCCCAAUUGAUGACUAAUGGAAAUAUAACUGCUGCCUCGAUGAGAUUCUUUAAAGAACACAGUCUUGAAACAGAGAAAGCACUUUCAACAUCAACAAUAAAAAUGCCUCCCAUACCACUGUAUGAAAGUUCUGGAGAAGGAUCUGGCUGGGUAGACACCCAUUUGCAAAAGCUUGAAACAACAGUUGCUCCUCAUGCUCAGACGGAAAACUAUUCUGAAGCACUGAACACAGAGAUAGCAUUUAAUGGAUCACAAACUGUUUCAGUGUUGUUUUCCACCCAAACAGAAGAAAAAGAGAUUGUACCAAGCCCAACUAGUGUCCAACCAAAGACAUUUACAGGUGAGAGUUUAAUAAACGAUACAAGGAUUUUUAAUGAGAUCACAGUAAUUGAAGUACAACAAGGAAUCACAUCAGAUGAAACAACAAUCAUAGAUAUGGAUCAUUCUAAAUCAAUGCAUGAAGAUAUAUUAACUGUGCAGACAACUCCAGAUACAGAGACUCAUUCAACAUAUGGCAAUAAUGACAGCAUGGAAGUUGAAGUGAAGGAGUAUGAUUUAACAUCUAAUCUUUCUAUUGCUGAAGAGAAAUCAUAUGGAUCUGGUGAUAAUCUUUCCAUGACUAUUUCCAGUAAGUCAAUAAAUACUGAAUCAGUAACAACUGAAAAUAGACCCAGACCAGAUGAUAAAGAUUUUGGUUCAGGGGGUGUCACGCUGUUCACAACAGACACUCUCAUCAUUGCUGAACUCCCUGAACUGGAUAUUUUGCUUCCAACGAUAUCAUCAGUGGCCAGCCCUCAUGUGCCCCCCCGAGUCAGUGAAGAGGUCAAAGAAUCUCCAUUUGAAACUAAACAUGUAACACCAAAAAAUAAAACACAAGACCACCCUGAAUCAAGUACUUUGUCUGAUAACCAAGCAAUAGCAGAUCAAAGUGAAAUAAUCUCUACCUCGGGAUAUUCAGGAAUGGGACAAGAAGAACCUGAUGAGGAGAAGGGUUUGUAUCCUUCUUUUAGACCAGACUUACCUACUAAGACAGAACAGGUUUUGCCAACAAACAUGCCUGAUGUAAGUCAUGUUACCCCACGACUUCUAUCCCAAAACUUAACAGAGUCACCUAAUAUAAGUGAAGUAAAACAUCAUGCAGUUUACACAGAAACAAAAAUCACAUCAGAAGAAUCUGAAGAAACAGAUUUAGAAAAAUUUCUUCCUGUAACUCAAAUGCCCAAAUCUCCUGUAACUGUCUACCUGGUUAAUGAAGUAUCAGCAUACCCUGAAGAAAUCAUUCCAAGUACUUUGCCAUCAACUGAUUCAGACAGGUUCAGUCAAUCAGAACAAACUUUCAAAGAAGUUAGUGCUGAUGUUGCAGCAACUUACAAACCACUCACCAAAGUGCUGUCCACUAAAACCGAGUCUCCACUAGACUUUUCUCCUGAACCUGAAUCAGAAAGCACAACUGUUGAAAGUACUCCUGAUUUUAGUGGACAGAUAACAGACAGAACAAAGGAAGAAUCUUCCAUAAUAGAAUUGAUUGCUGAGGAACCAGCAACCAUUUCUGAAGAUUCUCUAUCAAAAUAUGUCAUACCAACAGCUUUUAUACAUUCUGGAGGAACAAUAGACACAGAGAUUCCAGAAGUUAGCCCAUCUGAAGAUGAAACUUCAACAGAGAAAGUGAAAGAUCCCAAUGAAGUAGAGGAAAGCAGCAAUGGGGGAGCUUUGCCAAGCCUAUACACCACACCAGCUUCAGUUCCACAUGAAAGUGUAGCAGCUGGAGUACUCAAGUCUGGCCAGGCAACUGUUGCAAUGUUACCUUCAUCUUCAACAUCUCUGGAUAUAAGCCUGGAAACACAAAUAUCUGUGGUAAGACAGAAGGAGGCCACAACAAUUUCAUCUGAUGUUGCAACAAAAAUUACAGCCCCUGUAAACAUUCCUGACUAUAAUAGACAGAUAACCAUAAACCCAGAAGACCUAAACACAGUUGAACUUGUAACUUCAUCAUUUUUCCUUCUGGAAGUUACUAAUGGAUCAGAUUUCCUGAUCGGCAAUAGUGAAGGUUCAGUUGAAGGCACAGCAGUCCAUAUACCUGGCCAAGAUCCCUGCAAAAGUAAUCCCUGCCUCCAUAAGGGCACCUGUUAUCCACGUGGCUCUUACUUCGUCUGCACAUGUAUGCCAGGUUUCAGUGGCGAGCAGUGUGAACUGGAUGUUGAUGAAUGCCAGUCCAAUCCUUGCAGGAAUGGAGCCACAUGUAUUGAUGGACUCAAUACAUUUACUUGUCUUUGUCUGCCAAGCUACGUAGGUGCUCUUUGCGAAAAAGAUACAAAGACUUGUGAUUAUGGUUGGCAUAAGUUCCAAGGACAAUGCUACAAAUACUUUGCCCAUCGCCGCACAUGGGAUGCAGCCGAAAGAGAGUGUCGUCUCCAGGGAGCUCACCUCACAAGCAUCUUGUCUCAUGAAGAGCAGAUAUUUGUGAACCGAGUUGGGCAUGACUACCAGUGGAUUGGUCUCAAUGACAAGAUGUUUGAGCAUGACUUCCGCUGGACCGAUGGGAGCACACUGCAAUAUGAAAACUGGCGACCUAACCAGCCAGACAGCUUCUUUUCUGCUGGAGAAGACUGUGUGGUUAUAAUUUGGCAUGAGAAUGGCCAGUGGAAUGAUGUGCCAUGCAAUUAUCACCUUACAUACACCUGCAAAAAAGGAACAGUUGCCUGUGGUCAGCCUCCAGUUGUGGAAAAUGCAAAGACCUUUGGGAAGAUGAAACCUCGUUAUGAAAUCAACUCCCUGAUUAGAUACCACUGCAAAGAUGGUUUCAUCCAGCGCCAUAUUCCAACUAUCCGGUGUCUAGGGAAUGGAAGCUGGGAUAUGCCUAAAAUCACCUGCAUGAAUCCGUCCACAUUCCAAAGGACUUAUUCUAAGAAAUAUUACUAUAAACAUCCUUCAUCAGGAAAGGGAACUUUGUUAAAUUCAUCAAAACAUUAUCACCGCUGGAUCAGGACGUGGCAGGAUUCAAGGCGCUGAAUGAUAAAUGGUGAAUGGGGAUUUUCACCAUUUCAGCCAACGUUCUAACUUACUGUGCCUUUUCUAUCACUUAUAGAAGUAUUAUCAAAUUGUUUUGAACUAUGGAUGCCAGAAUUCACAACACAUUUUACAAAAAUGUUGGUGUUUAUCAGCAGAUUCACAAAUAAAAAUACAAGGAACCUUUUCCAGCCAAUAAGAAAUGUUAGUUUUCUAUAUGCCACCAGUGGGGACCAUUUUAUAACCUAUACCAGCCUACAGCAAUAUGUAAACAGCUCAAUGUUAGCACCAAUGAAAAUGUAAAUAAGAUGAUUUUAUGAUGUUUAAUUGUGUGUUGUUUUUAAAAUCCUGUAUAUAAAAUGAAAAGUCACACUAAGUUUGGGCAUAUUUAGGGUUAUAUGGCCUCAGAGGUCUGUAAUCAAUGAUUUUCUUGUUUGUAUGUCAUUUGCCUAGGUUGGAGAUGGUUUAAAUAUAGUUGUAUUGACUGAAAACUGCAAGAUGAAGAUAAACACAUAAGUUACGUGCCAUUUUUUUGUUAAUCUAUCAUCAGAGGUACAGUUUUUGUCCAUGUGAUGUGAAACUUAGAAGUAGAAUAUAAAAAGUGAGAGUAAGCCUGAACUAGGGACUGCUGUGUGGCACUUUUCCAGCUCUCCAUUCCAGCUUCAGCAAUGGUGAGAGAGGACUGCAUGCAGGAUUUGUAUAUGACAAAGGAGGCCUGUAAGAGUAAAAGUGCUAAUACAUUAACUCUCUCAAUCAGAGUUACGUUCUUAAAAUGACUUUCACAAUACUAACCAUAGGUCUAUGUUACAGGUCUCUGCAUUUUAUAACGGAGAUAGACCUAGGCUGUUUGUUUUGUUUUGUUUUGUUUUGUUUUGUUUUUUUAAAAUUUUUGUUUGUUGUUUUUUUUAAACAAACAAAAAAAUUAAAAAAGUAAAUUUUGUAUAUAUAACCAUUUUUUAAUCUUUUUAUAAAGUAAUGAAUGUUUGUGUAUGAAUGCUGCAGCUGUGAAGCGUACUUAAAUAAAUGAAGUAAGCCAUACUGAUUUAACUUAUUGGAUGUUAUUUAACCCAUGCAAAGAAAAAUAAAAGAGCUUGGUAGUUGAUUGUACCCCAAAACUCCCCUGAUGCAUUUGGAACCAUAUUUCAGUUCAACUGCUGUUUCCCUGAUGAACAAAAUUCCUAGUAAAUAGGAUCACUUGUUUGUGAUGAGAUGGGUGAUGUGUAGAAGAAUCAGCAUGUUGGCUAUCUAAAAAGAAGUGCGCAAAAAUAUAGAUUGCGGUGAAUGCAGUGGGUAUGCAGGGCUUCUUUAUUUUGAAUUUUUUAUAUUACUUUCACCCAUUCAGCUCAUGACUGGCCUGAACAUGUAUAGUUAGAUAGUAUUUAAAAUAAGCUCUCCACAACAAGGACCAUGUCAGUUUGCUUGUUUCCGCAAAGACCUUGCACUCUUUGGAGCAGUGCAAAAAUAUUUUUUUUAAAAAAGAUCAAUAGCCUGUGAUAUACCAAUAAUAAUAUAAAAAAUAAGUUGAGGUCUCUUACAGUAUUGAUAUAGGCAAAAAUUAUGGAGAGAGAAGCAAGCACAAA